AAUCUGUUCGACGACCACGCAGUCUGUUCUGGGCGUCGGGCGGGCCGUCUCUAGGCGGUUGCCGGCCCUCGCGCGGCAUCGCGGCGCAUGGCCCGCAGCGGUCUUGAGACGACGCUGACCCAUGGGGCACCGUCGACCAUUAUUCUCGUCCGAUCAGUCUAUCUCGCCGACCGUGGCGCAAACGUACACGCCAGCGCAGCACGGCGGCGCCCCCUGCCCACCCGUCCCAGCCGCUGCUGGUCUUUCGGCCGUUCAACAGUCCUUAUGACCAAGGGCGGCACAUCCCAUUUCCUUGCGCUGCCUGCAGUUUUCGGGCUUUACGUGCGCGCGUGCGGUGUUGUUACGUGGGCGGCCUUGUGGACGCUGCAGCGGGGGGUGGGGAGCGGGCCGCUGCUGCACAGGGGCAUGGCGUCGUCUGCUGCGACUCUGCAGGGGCGCUUAUCGGGCGCGUGGGUUUGCGAGAUGAAUCUUAUGCGACGCAAGCCUGAACGCAUUUCCGAUUUUUACUCCCGAUCCCGACAUAGCCGACCCCUGCCCGACGUCGCUGAACUGCGCGUCUUUUUCGUGCUGUCUUUGAGGAAGUAUUUCGACGCCCGCUGAGUCACUGAACAUGAAUAUGAGCAAGGCAGAACACGAGGAACGGCGCCAGAAAUAUUGUACGGCUACUUCUGUACAGAGUUUGGACCCUGCAAAGUCGAUGAUGCAAGCAUCAAAC